AUGCACCUCAUCCCUAAGGAGCUCGAUAAACUCGCGAUCUCGCAAUUGGGCUUCUUGGCCCAACGGCGUCUUGCACGUGGUGUGCGACUGAAUCAUGCAGAAGCAGUGGCUUUGAUAUCCUCGAAUCUCCAGGAACUCAUCCGCGAUGGCCUCUACUCCGUCGCGGACUUGAUGUCCAUCGGCAAGACCAUGCUUGGUCGUCGUCAUGUCUUACCGUCCGUUGUGUCCACCCUUGUAGAAUUACAGGUCGAAGGCACGUUCCCGACCGGCACAUACCUCGUAACGGUCCACCACCCCAUCAGUAGCGACGAAGGAGACUUGGAGAAGGCUCUAUACGGGAGUUUCCUUCCGAUCCCCCCGGCGGACGCGUUCCCUGAUCCGGAUCCGAACGACUUUGAGCCCGAGAAGAUGCCCGGUGCGAUCAUCCCCGUGAAGAACGAGCGCAUUACCUUGAAUGAGGGACGACGAAGAAUCAGGCUCAAGGUGAUGAGUAAGGGCGAUCGGCCAAUUCAGGUUGGGUCCCACUAUCAUUUCAUUGAAGUCAACCCGCAAUUGCAUUUUGAUCGUCUUCGCGCGUAUGGUUAUCGCCUGGAUAUUCCUGCGGGAACAUCGGUACGAUUCGAACCUGGAGACACCAAGACUGUGACGCUUGUGGAAAUUGCCGGCCAUCAGGUUAUCAAGGGUGGUAACUUCAUUGCGUCGGGCAAGGUCGAUUUGAGCAGAGUGGACGAGAUCAUGCUGCGUCUGCAAGCUGACGGUUUCGCUCACAUUGCUGAGCCCACUGCGGAUGCCGCCCUCGUCACCCCGUUUACGAUGGACCGAGAAGCCUACGCUCGGAUGUUCGGGCCCACCACUGGUGAUCUGGUUCGCCUGGGAUUGACAAACCUGUGGGUCAGGGUUGAAAAGGAUUACACGUCUUACGGUGAUGAGUGCAGUUUUGGCGGAGGCAAGACUAUUCGAGAUGGAAUGGGCCAAUCGUCGGAGAAGUCCCACCAACACUGUCUGGACACGGUUAUCACGAAUGCGCUUAUUAUCGACUGGAGUGGUAUUUAUAAGGCCGAUAUUGGAAUCAAGAACGGUAUCAUCGUCGGCAUUGGCAAGGCUGGAAAUCCCGAUAUUAUGGACGGCGUGCAUCCGGACAUGGUCGUCGGCUCCUCGACGGACGUGGUCGCCGGUGAGAACAAGAUCAUCACUGCUGGAGGGUUCGAUACCCAUAUCCAUUUCAUCUGUCCUCAGCAGGUGGAUGAAGCGUUGGCUUCUGGAAUCACUACAUUCUUGGGUGGAGGAACUGGCCCUUCGACAGGUUCGAACGCGACUACUUGCACCCCGGGACCUACCCAUAUGCGCCAGAUGAUCCAGGCUUGCGAUCACCUCCCCAUCAACGUGGGUAUCACCGGUAAAGGAAACGACUGUGGUGGAAUCAGCAUUGAGGAACAAAUCGUGGCCGGAGCAGCGGGACUGAAGCUCCAUGAAGACUGGGGCUCCACUCCUGCGGCCAUUGACACCUGCCUGGAUAUGUGCGACAAGUACGACGUGCAAUGCAUGAUUCACACCGAUACUCUGAACGAGUCUGGUUUCGUGGAACAAACGAUCGAAGCCUUCAAGAACCGCACAAUUCACACCUAUCACACGGAAGGAGCCGGUGGUGGCCAUGCUCCCGAUAUCAUCUCCGUCGUUGAGCACCCGAACGUACUUCCCAGUAGCACCAACCCCACCCGUCCGUUCACGAUGAACACUCUAGAUGAACAUCUUGACAUGUUGAUGGUGUGCCAUCACUUGUCCAAGAACAUUGCCGAGGACGUUGCGUUUGCCGAGAGUCGUAUCCGUGCCGAGACCAUCGCCGCCGAAGAUGUUCUCCAUGAUCUUGGCGCCAUCAGUAUGAUGUCCUCGGAUUCGCAGGCUAUGGGCCGCUGUGGUGAAGUGAUCCUGCGGACAUGGAACACAGCGCAUAAGAACAAGGAGCAGCGCGGCCCGCUGAAGGAGGACGAAGGCACAGGCGCAGACAACUUCCGAGUCAAGAGGUACAUUAGCAAGUACACCAUCAACCCAGCCAUCGCCCAGGGCAUGUCCCACAUGAUUGGUAGCGUGGAGGUCGGCAAGAUUGCCGAUUUGGUUUUCUGGCACCCCAGCUCUUUCGGUACCAAGCCUACCCAAAUCAUGAAGAGCGGAAUGAUUACCGCUGCACAGAUGGGUGAUCCAAACGGCUCCAUUCCCACCAUCGAGCCGGUCAUCAUGCGUCCCAUGUUCGGAGCCUACGUCCCCAGCACCUCAAUCAUGUUCGUCUCCCAAGCCUCCAUCGACGCCGGCACCGUCCAAUCCUACGGAAUCAAGAAGCGCAUUGAAGCCGUCAAGAACUGCCGCAACAUCGGCAAAGCCGACAUGAAGUACAACGACACCAUGCCAAAGAUGCACGUCGACGCGGAAAGCUACGCCGUCGAAGCCGACGGUGUCCUUUGCGACGCCCAACCCGCAGUAAGCCUGCCGCUUACGCAAGAUUUCUUCGUUUACUAG